UUCGUAGUGUUGUUUUUGUUGUUGUUGUUGGAGUGGGAGUCUUCUGUCCUGCUGUUGUGUUUACAUCGUAAUUUAAAUUGUCUCGUCGUUGACAGGAGGCAUAACUUGACGGAAUGGCGUGCCAGUUUAAGCCAUAUGCUGUGGUGGACGUGGAGACAUUGAAGCAGAAUUUAAAUGCCGACGAACACAGUGGUAUACGAUACAAUGAUUCCAGUGGGUCUAGAACAAUGGCCGAAGACUUCCCCAUCCUGGACAACUGUAAAGUGUCCUUGUCCCCAAGUGGCGAGUUUUUUGUACUAUCGCACAAAAGAACACUCUGUAUUUUGACAGCUAAAUGGGACUCACAUGAAGAGGAUGAUGUUAAAACAAAGUUUAAAGUCACCUGGAAGGGUGACCCUUGUCACAAUGAAAGUGAAGAAAUUACUGCAGUUAUGUGUCUUCCCCUCAUCAUGCCAAAUAAACCAUCUCGGUCAGCUUCAGAGCAGAUUGAUUGGACAUGCAUUGUUGUUGGCUUUAGUUCUGGAUUCCUACGGUUUUAUGAUGAGGGAGGUGAUCUUCUGCUUUCUGAGCAAAUCUAUGAUGAACCAUUAAUUCAUCUCAAGUGUCAGAGCUUUCAUCCAUCAAAAACUUCGACUUUCGAUGACUAUCCUGAAGAGCUUUAUGCCACAUUCCGCUCAACAGUAGCAGUCAUUCCAGGUUUUGCAUUAUUUCAAACACUACGUGCUUGCAGAAAUCAACUAGCAAGAGUGAAAGCAAAUUUUGCUGAGCAUGUAGCACCUCCUCCGCUCACCCUGAAGAAGUGGUCUUUUGUGGACCAAGACAGAAUGAGAGAUUGUGAAGUCAUUGGACCAUCGUCAUCAGAUAUGUUUGACCAUUUGAUGACAGCGUCCAUCUGUGGAGGUUUCAAUUCAUGCUACCGUUCAGGUGCCCCAAAGUCAACCCUUGUGGUGGCUGCGGGGAAAGGUCCUUUUAUCGGUUUUCAGUAUGCUUUGGAAGGUGUUGAAGGGAGAUCAGUCUUAACAGAUGUUGCUCAGGUUGUCAAAAGCAAGUUUAAGGGUCUGUUUGGGUCCAGGAGCAAUGAUCGACAGAAAAGCACUGCUAUUGAACCUCCAGAGUCUCUUGCUUGCAGAUUUGGUUUAUGUGACUUCAACCGAGAAGCAGACAAAAUUGUUCGAUCACCCAACCGGGAAUACUCUGCAGUGACUGAUGCUUUAGGCAGAGUGACUCUUGUAAAUAAUAUAAGAGGCAUUGCUGUCCGUAUGUGGAAGGGGUACCGUAAAGCUCAAUGUGGCUGGCUUCAGAUAGAAGAGGAAGAGCCAUCCAGUAAAAAGAGUCCAAAGCAUCUUCUUCGUAGUGUUCUUUUCCUUGUCAUAUAUGAUCCCAAAAAGGGUGUGCUUGAGGUGUGGACUGUUCCGAAUGGUAUUCGAGUAGCUGCUUUUUCCUGCAGUAAAAAAGGAAGACUUCUGUACACUAGUCAUGGACUUGUUGGUUUAAGUAAUGUGGCUGUGAAAUGGGCUAAUAGGAGCCUGCUACCGUGUGUCUUUCUGGAUCCCUGUGGCACUCUGUUCCAAGUCAUUGUCCCUUUCCACUGUGCAUUAAGUGAUGCCACAAGUGAGAGAGCUGCAGAUCUCGCUCUCUUGAGGAAACUUAAAACUGUUUUAAGAGAGACUGAACUAGAUGAGGAACAGCUUGCCCAAGAAGUUGGUCUCUUAGCAGCAGAAUUAAAAACAGCAGAAGUUCGUAAGCAGAUGUUAGCACUGUUGACUUCCAGCAGACAUGUCACUGUUGAUGCUCUCGAAGGAGCCCUUGGUGUAUUCUUUGAUAGAGCCUCAAGUGAUGAUUCAAGGUCAUCAGAUGGAAGCAGGCAAAUUCUUCUUCUCUCCAUUCAGCAACUAAGGAACCUUAUUUCCUUCUAUAAAUUUGUGCACCAACAAAAAGAGAGGCCUCCAAAUUAUUCUGCAGUGGUUCCUCAAGAGGGAGUAUCUGAUUUAAAGGCUGUUUGUGAUGUGUUGUCUGUAUCUGAACGAGAAGUAACUGCUAUGAAGUCACUUAUGGCUCUGCUGGAUUCUUAUGUUAGUUCCCAUAGUUCUCCUAAGCGUGAAGCUCGUGUAACUUUUACUGAACGCACUUCUAGUGGUUCCUCUCUAGUGGAUUUCUUGGCAUGCUUCGACUUUGGCAAGACUUGUAAAGGAACUGUCGCUCCUCAUGCUGUGGGUAUAAAGAAACAGCUAGUUCCCGCUAAAGUAACUUCACUUGCUGACCUUCUGUUCCAAGGUAUUCUCUACAGUGAUAUUCCCACAGAAGUCUGGCAGACUGAAGCUGCCUGCAGUGCCAUUUUGCCAUCCAAUCUGCUCCAUUUAGCAGUUCAGUUUUGGCUCCAUCGAAAUGUUGGUAAAGCUUUAGAAGUUGAAAUGAUUCGCUUUUCAGAAGUUGUCAAGGCCAUAUGCUUGAUGGAAGAGGUGAACACCUGUGAUUUGUCCACACUUUGGUCUAUGGUGAGAGUAAUGCUUGCUGAAUCUGACCACCCAUUCAAUGCUUUGACUGCAGCACUUGUCUGUCGAGCUGUUGCUGUAUCUUUGGAAAAACAUGGUUUAAAAAAACAUUCGAAGUCUCCUAAGAAGUCAGAAAUUAGUGGUGACACAUCUAAGGAUUCAGAUAUGUCUGAAGGGACCAGCAGUGCUGACACUUCUAAGGAUUCAAGCUCUAAAGCUGAGUCUCGUAAAAGCUCAACUGAGUGGGAAGAUGUGUCUUGGGACUCUGUCAAAUGGAACUUGUUGAUAGGUCGUCUUGAGGAUAUUGCUUUACUUGACCUAAUUGUCGGUCAAAACCCAGCUGACUUGUGCGAUCUCACUGAAAAUAAUGCUGUUCCUUGUUUGCGUUAUGAAAAACCAAACAUUUCCUUGCAUCGAAUACUUCACAAAGGAAAAGGUGCUAUAUCAGAACAGGUCGCAAAGUGGUUAACGAGCUGCGGUGUUGAUCCUAAACUUUUAAUUGACAGUUCGGAUAUUGAACGAUCUGAUAAGAAUGUGGGUUUGGUUAAUCGUAGCCUAACAAUGGACGAAGAUGAAUCUGGCCUUGAAGACAAGUCAGAAGCCCAAAUCCGUGAAGGCUUACCUCUUACUGCAGAGAAAGGAAUAGAGGCUACGUCUGUAUCUGCCCCAUAUUCACAAAUCCUGGAAAAGAUUUGCUUAUUACGAAAGCGAUUCCCAUACAGUCUUUGUGGAAGUGCUCUCAUAGCUAAUGUCAGCUGGGAGCUUCUCCUAGAAUGGCACAAAUGUCCUGAACGUAUCGACAUUUUAAAUGCAGUUGUUCAAUGCUUGCAAAUGAUCCCUAACAUACAUAUUCGCCAAGGGCUGAGUUCAAUCAUGUGGACUUCUCACCUUAAACAGCGAAUUGAGACUGCUGCAAAAAUUGUUUGUGAUACUCAUGGAAAUCCAAAGGAAAAAUUGUGUCGCAAAGAACUUCAAAUGUCUGAAAGUCAGCUGACUGACUUUGUUGAGUCGUGCUUGAAGUUUAUUGAGUCAUUUAUUGAGGCUUCAAACUUGAGUGAAGUUAUGCAUCCUCCUGGAUCUGGAUCAGUUGUGAAUCGUUGUGAAGACAUCUGGGAUUAUGAUGAACAGAUUUCUUUGACAAGUACUCCAUCUUUGACUGCUUUAGCCUUGGUCCAGCCUCAAGCAUCCUUUGACCACCUUCACCUUUUACACCAACUCACUGCUACCAUGCACAUGAUACUGGCUCUUGGCUUAAGGGGACAGCAGCUGACACCCAUUUUUAGUCCAGUGGAAUGGGGCAUAUUUUUCUCGGAUGGUACAUAUACUGCAACCAAGGAUACACAGGUGGUGCCUGAACCACAACUGUGCAAUAAACGAGCUCAGUUUCUCAUCCGUGCUGUGACAGGUGCCCUCCAGGGUAUGCUGGCUUCGGACCCAUCACAUGUAACUGCUUUAAGUGAAGGACCUUGUUCUGACAUGAGCACAGCCAUGAAGUGGAUGGGGAAAUGUAAAGACUUGGCCUAUACAUGGCAACUUCCCAUGGAUCCCAUUCGUCGACACCAAGUGUUUUUACUUUAUUCCUCUGGGCAUGAUCGACUUGCUGAAGAGGUGAUGCCCUCUGUAAACGAUGUAGAGUUACUAGCUAGCCAGCUUCUACCACUUUGUGGCCAGCGUCUUAAGCUUAUACUGGAUGGUUCUGGGGAUCUAAUGGAUUCUAUUUCAAACCUUGACCCUACCUUGACAAUUUGGCUGUAUGAAUUGAAUACUACUGGCGUUAGACAAGUCUCUCUGGCAGAUACUGCUUUACUUGCAGCUCAUGUAGCCCAGUAUCUUCCUGAAGACCAUCCUGAGGCUCCCUUAGCAACUGAUUUGUGUGAAGCCCUUCAGGCACUGUCUUAAUCUAUUUCAGGGUUGUUGAUUUGCUUGUGACUUUUUUUCUCUGAUUCAUUUUAAGUCAAAUUAAGAACAACUUUGUCAUUUAUUUAUUUCUUAUUGUUUUUGAUUACCCAUAUGUUUUGGAUUUGGUUUGCUAUGGCAUAGUUAUUUUGUUGCUCAGUUUAUCUAUCAUGCCAGAUUUUUGAACUGCAAGUUCUCGACAUGCAUUAUGCUCCAAUAUCCAUAGCACCAUCAUUAGUUGUUUUCCUGGAAUCAGCAUGUUUUAGAUGUGUGCUUGAGUGAUUGUAUGAUACACAACAUUUUUGUUGUUUCAUCGUAAACUAAUGAAUGUUUUUAUCAUUUUUAUGUUGAAGUUCUUUGUUGAGAAUAUUUCAUAGCCCCGUUUUUCGUUUUGUUUCUCGACAUAUUUGCAGAUGUUUCCCUUCAUUUAUGUGCUCACUGUCUGUGAUCAUUAUUGUUACAAUUUUAAUUACUCCUAAGUAUAAAGAAUCAAUUUAAAAUAAAGAUAUCUAGUUUAUCUUGUA